UUUUCUCUGUUUUGUUCCUUGGUAGAUCUUCAGCACUUAGAUCUGGCACACAGUAGGUGCUCAGUAAAUAUGAAAUAAAGAAAUGCUGCUGGCACUGUUAUAGGCUUGGGAAUACAGUGGUGAAUGAAACGGGCCUGCCCUCAUUGAAGUGAUGUUCUUGUGGAGAAUGCCACCAACAAUCAACACACAGAUACAGAGUGUGGUGUCAGGGCUGUUUUUUAAAGGAAAACAAGGAUAUCUGAAGAGAGACCUAAUUUAAAAGAGAGAGCAGGUUAUGGGAAUGUCUUGUGGGAGAGCAUUCCUGGAACUGGAAGAGCAAGUGCAAAGACCCUAAGGAUCUGCAACUCCAAUGGAUACUGAGGGGUUUGGUGAGCUCCUUCAGCAAGCUGAACAGCUUGCUGCUGAGACUGAGGGCAUCUCAGAGCUUCCCCAUGUGGAACGGAACCUACAGGAGAUCCAGCAGGCGGGCGAGCGCCUGCGUUCCCGUACCCUCACACGCACGUCCCAGGAGACAGCAGAUGUCAAGGCGUCAGUUCUCCUUGGGUCUCGGGGACUUGACAUAUCCCACAUCUCCCAGCGAUUGGAGAGUCUGAGUGCGGCCACCACCUUUGAGCCUCUUGAGCCUGUGAAGGACACAGACAUUCAGGGCUUCCUGAAGAAUGAGAAGGACAAUGCCCUGCUGUCUGCCAUUGAGGAGUCCCGGAAGAGGACCUUUGGCAUGGCUGAGGAGUACCAUCGAGAGUCUAUGCUGGUCGAGUGGGAGCAAGUGAAACAGCGAAUUCUCCACACACUGCUGGCAUCAGGAGAAGAUGCCCUGGACUUUACUCAAGAAAGUGAGGUGAUAAUAGGUAGUGUUUUGGGGCCAAGUCCUGUGCUGAGUUCUAUUUAUUCCUCACAACAAUGCUGUGAGCCAAGUUACAUCAGUGAUGUGGGACCCCCUGGUCGAAGCUCUCUGGAUAGCAUCGAGAUGGCCUACGCCCGGCAGAUUUAUAUCUAUAACGAGAAGAUUGUGAAUGGGCACCUGCAGCCUAACCUCGUGGAACUCUGUGCUUCCGUCGCAGAGCUGGAUGAUAAGAACAUUUCUGACAUGUGGACCAUGGUCAAACAAAUGACAGAUGUGUUGUUGGUGCCAGCGAGUGAUGCCCUGAAGAGCCGCAGCAGCGUGGAAGUGCGCAUGGAGUUCGUCAGGCAGGCCUUGGCUUACCUGGAGCAGAGUUAUAAGAAUUACACCCUUGUGACUGUCUUUGGAAACUUGCAUCAGGCCCAGCUAGGCGGGGUGCCUGGGACUUACCAGUUGGUUCGAAGUUUCUUGAACAUCAAACUUCCGGCUCCCUUGCCUGGACUUCAGGAUGGAGAGGUGGAAGGCCAUCCCGUGUGGGCAUUAAUUUAUUACUGCAUGCGCUGUGGGGACCUGUUUGCCGCUUCACAGGUGGUUAACCGAGCCCAGCACCAGCUGGGAGAGUUUAAAACCUGGUUCCAGGAGUACAUGAACAGCAAGGACAGAAGGUUGUCCCCAGCCACAGAGAACAAGCUCCGACUGCAUUACCGCAGGGCCCUCAGGAACAACACGGACCCCUACAAGCGGGCCGUGUACUGUAUCAUUGGCAGGUGUGACAUCACCGACAACCAGAGCGAAGUAGCUGACAAGACCGAGGACUACCUGUGGCUGAAGUUGAACCAGGUGUGUUUCGAUGAUGAUGGCACCAGCUCCCCACAGGACAGGCUUACUCUUUCACAGUUCCAGAAACAGUUGUUGGAAGACUAUGGCGAGUCCCACUUCACGGUGAACCAGCAGCCCUUCCUCUACUUCCAAGUCCUCUUCCUGACGGCACAGUUCGAAGCUGCCAUUGCUUUCCUCUUCCGCAUGGAGCGGCUGCGCUGCCAUGCUGUGCACGUGGCGCUGGUGCUCUUCGAGCUGAAGCUGCUUUUAAAAUCCUCAGGGCAGAGUGCUCAGCUUCUCAGCCACGAGCCCGGCGACCCUCCCUGCAUCCGGCGGCUGAACUUUGUGCGGCUGCUCAUGCUCUACACCCGCAAGUUUGAGUCCACAGACCCGAGGGAGGCGCUCCAGUACUUUUACUUCCUCAGGGACGAGAAAGACAGUCAAGGAGAAAACAUGUUUUUGCGCUGCGUGAGUGAGCUUGUGAUAGAAAGUCGAGAGUUCGAUAUGAUUCUUGGGAAACUGGAGAAUGAUGGAAGUAGAAAGCCUGGAGUCAUAGAUAAGUUUACUAGUGACACAAAGCCUAUUAUCAACAAAGUUGCUUCCGUGGCAGAAAAUAAAGGACUGUUUGAAGAAGCAGCAAAGCUCUACGACCUUGCCAAGAAUGCUGACAAGGUGCUGGAGCUAAUGAACAAGCUACUCAGCCCUGUCGUCCCCCAGAUCAGUGCACCACAGUCCAACAAGGAGAGGCUGAAGAACAUGGCGCUCUCCAUCGCAGAACGGUAUAGGGCGCAGGGAAUCAGUGCAAAUAAAUUUGUGGACUCUACAUUCUAUCUUCUGUUGGAUUUGAUCACCUUUUUUGACGAGUAUCACAGUGGUCACAUAGACAGAGCCUUUGAUAUAAUUGAUCGUUUGAAGCUGGUGCCGCUGAAUCAGGAAAGUGUAGAAGAGAGAGUGGCUGCCUUCAGAAAUUUCAGUGAUGAAAUCAGGCACAACCUCUCAGAAGUGCUUCUCGCCACCAUGAACAUCUUAUUCACACAAUUUAAGAGGCUCAAGGGGACAAGUCCAUCCUCGGCAUCCAGGCCCCAGCGAGUCAUCGAGGACCGUGAUUCUCAACUCCGAAGCCAAGCCCGAGCCCUGAUCACCUUUGCUGGGAUGAUACCCUACCGGACGUCCGGGGACACCAAUGCAAGGCUGGUGCAGAUGGAGGUCCUCAUGAAUUAAGUGCAAUGCUUUGAGGGGCUUCUGGGACUGCACGCUGUCAGUACCUUGGGCACAUGGGCCCGCUAGGGGAAGUUUCUGGUUUUGUUUCUGUUGUGUUUUGUUUUGUUUUUUGUAUUAUGUAUUUUUGUCAGCACCAAUAAAUUUCUUUGAUUUGUA